AUGGCUGCUAUCAUCAAGGCUGCGAACGCCAAGAUCCGGUCCAACCCGGUAUCUGAUUACAUUUGCUCGACCCACUUCUGGGGUCCUGUCUCCAACUUUGGCAUCCCUCUGGCUGCCAUCAUGGACACACAGAAGAGCCCUGAGUUGAUCUCGGGACAGAUGACUGGUGCUCUCAUCAUCUAUGCCGGUACCUUUAUGCGAUACUCUCUCGCUGUCACCCCCAGGAAUUAUCUUUUAUUCGCCUGCCACUUCGUCAACGCUGGUGCUCAGCUCACCCAAGGAUACCGAUACCUGAACUACCACUACUGGGGCGGAAAGGAGAACAUGCCCAAGGAGCAGCUGGUGCAAGCGGCUGAGGCUGCUAAGGGCAAGGUAGAGAAGGCCACGGAGAAGGUUCAGAACGCUGUCAGUAAAUAA